AUGGCUGUUAUUAAACAAAUUCCCUUCGGUAACACUGGUAUCAAAAUUUCUCCAAUUAUUGUUGGAUGUAUGUCCUACGGUUCCAAAGAUUGGGCCAAAUGGGUUGAAGAUGAUAAGGAAAAAGUCUUCAAGAUUUUGAAGCACUGUUAUGACCAAGGCUUACGGACUUUUGAUACUGCUGAUGUAUAUUCUAACGGUUUAAGUGAAAAGUUGUUGAAGGAAUUCAUGCAAAAAUACAACAUUAGAAGAGAAACUGUUGUUAUUAUGUCGAAAGUUUUCUUUCCGGUGGAUGAAACUCUGGACUUAGGUUUGGGUAGCGGUCUUGAAGAUGAACUUGCACAACUGGAUUUGACUAACCAACAGGGUCUCUCCAGAAAACAUAUUAUCGAUGCCGCUAAGAAGUCUGUUGAAAGACUAGGUACAUAUAUGGAUGUCUUACAAAUUCAUAGAUUCGACCCAAACACUCCUGUUAAGGAAACUAUGAGAGCUUUGAAUGACGUAGUCGAAAUGGGCUUAACUAGAUAUAUUGGUGCAUCAUCGAUGCUAGGUACUCAACUUGCUGAAUUGCAAUUCACCGCUGAUAAAUACAACUGGUUCCAAUUUGUGAAUGUACAAUCCUGUUACAAUUUGGUCUACAGAGAAGAUGAACGUGAGACUAUCCCCUUUGCAAAGAAACACAAUUUGAUGUUAACACCAUGGUCACCAAACCACCAAGGUUUACUAACAAGGCCAGUUGGUGUUGAAUCAACGAGAUCUUCUUCCGAUAUCAUCAUCAAUGCUUGGGGUUUGAAAAACUUAAAGCCAUGGGAAGUCACUGUCAUCAAUCGUGUCGAAGAAAUGGCAAAGAAGAAAAACGUUUCAAUGGCAGUCAUUGCCACUGCCUGGGUCAUUCAAAAGGGAUGUGCACCAAUUCUUGGCAUGAGUUCCAUCGCUAGAGUCGAUGACAACAUCAAAGCUCUGGACGUUUCAUUCACCGAAGAAGAGAUGAAAUACCUCGAAGAACCUUACGAACCCAGAGACCUAUUAUAA